GAAGGCAGUUUCCGGCGGGCAGCAGACAGCGAGCAGAAUGGGCGGGCCCGAGACUGCAGUCCUAGCGUGAAACGAGCGCGCUGCACUCUGGCAGCAACCGCUCCUGGAAUAAGACCGAACGAAGGCAGAGGCAUAACGUGAGAGAAUGAUAGGACUGCCAUUCUCCUGAGCUCUGCAAAGCGCUCGUUUCGCUUCUUGCUGACUUGACACCCCAUACAAAUACCCGCAUACACUUAACACCAAAAAAAAAGGACGGUGUGGAAGAACACUCGAUUUCUUCGCAAAUAUAUAUAAAAUCACCACGGUCAUGUCUGGAAAUCGGGUUCAGUUCACAGGACUUCCACCCUCAAGAGAUGCGAAGGAUCACCACAGAGUAGCACAUCAUGGGAAGACAAAUUUGCGUGUAACAUCAGCAGAUGAUGCUGAACGCAUUAAAGCAAAGCAAAACUUCGCUAAUGGAAAUAACCGUGCUUCCAGUACUAAAAUUGUUCGAAACAUCCCAAGAAGACACACUGUAGGUGGAGCUCGCAGUUCAAAAGAAAUACUGGGAAUGCAACCAUCGGAGAUGGAUAGGAAAAGAGAGGCUUUUUUGGAACAUCUGAAACAGAAAUAUCCCCAUCAUGCAAAUGCAAUCAUGGGGCAACAGGAACGCCUUAAAGAACAGAGCAGAAUUCUUUGCAGAAUUCCAGAGGUGAACACUAGUCCACAUUGAAACUUGUGUUUGAAUUUCAAGACUUUGCCAAGAUUUCUACAUCAAUAGACCCUGUAUUCUACAUGUUGCUUAUAAAUUCUGUAGACCCUACAUUUGAUCUAGGAUGCCCUAGGAGGCUGUGGAGUGAAAGGAACUGAUGGAAAGUUGAUGUUAUAUAGUAAAUCAACCUUAUGCCUAUGGGGCAACAUAUAAAUGAGAGACCACAAGUGCUUUUUAUGGAUUAAUGUCCAGGGAGGAUAAGUUCACCAUUCUGGAGAUAUACUGGCUGACUUGGAGCAGGUAGAAGCAGAGCUACGCGUGGAUGGUCCAUUUGAGGUCAACCGAGGAUGAGUGAUGAUGGAGGAACAUGGAGGUCCACCAUUACAAAUAGUGCACUGAGAUGAAUAGUGGCCAAUAUUUACAACAACAUUGGAUUUUGGUGACUACAACCAGAGUCACCUUGCUGCUGUUUGAAGGGCAGAAAUUGGAUUAAUGGAAUUCCAACAGAGAAAUGAGGAUAUGUGAGCUUGGA